AUGCCUGCAGUAUCCCUAUCUCAAUUGCCCAGCCGGUUCUCUUGGUCAAGUGCCUCGUCUCUUUCGACGGAAGACGAAUCUGUAGAUAUUAGUACAUUGAGCUUUAAUGAAUUUGAAUCUUCUAUCCAGAAAAUCCUGGGACAUACCUUGAAGACGUCAGCGCCCUCGUCCACUUCGAUACCUUCAUGCGAUCUGAGUAUUCCCUCAAGCAAUUUGAGUGAUCGUUUUAGCUUUGAUACUUCUAGCACUACUACAAAAAUAAGCGUUCAGAGUCCGGGUAAAUUGAGUGAUCGUUCAUCAACUUGUCCAACAUCUUCAGUAUCAAAACAUCCUAUAUCUCAGAGGGCCAAUUCGAAAUAUGCAAAGAGCUCAAAGCUAAAGAAAAAAAAUGAUACACUUGGAAUGGUAUCUUCCAAGACGAAUUCUUUCAACUCGAAUGUUUCGUUCCUCUGGUUUCAUCCAAGAGUGCAGUUUUUUCUUCAUCAUUUUGCUACCCUUGGUCGUCCUUCCUCCGCUUCCUAUUCUUCUACACCUUCGGUAUACGGAAAUUGGAACACCUGCGCCAUUUGCUAA